GCACUGCCCGUCCCUGCGCCAACAACUCGGAUCGUUGUCCCUUAUUCCCUGCCCCCGGUUGGUCCUGCGCCAAAGCCUUCGGAUUCCACGCGAACCGCCUUCUUCCCUGAGCCGACUUCAAGUCGCUCGUCGCUCGUUUUAGUCGAUUGAAGGCCCUUCGGCUCUCCUCCAACAUGUCGAACAAAAAGAACGAGGACAUCGAGAUGCGGGCCGGCGAUGGCGGCUCCGACCUCGCCGCCGAGAAGGACCCGUUUCUGGGCCCGAACUCCCCCAUCUCCCACCGCACCGCCCGUCGCGCUGCUGGGUUCUCGGCCUACUUUGACAAGAUCGACCACAGCCCUGGCGCGUCCAUUCUCUCGUACUGUCUGGCGUCCAUUAGCAUGACUGUCGUGAAUAAAUACGUCGUGUCUGGGUCGGCGUGGAACCUGAACUUCUUCUACCUCGCUGUUCAGGUAGGUCGACACCGGGGACAUCUGUCAUGUACAGACAAUGAAGGGAGUGAAGUGGAAUGUACUGACGUUUUCUAGUCGACGGUCUGCACGCUCGCGAUUCUGCUUUCAAAGCACACUGGCUUGCUGAAGAAUCUGGCUC